AUGGACAUUACUUCUUUCCUGAUUUAUGAGGACUACGAGAUUGUCGAGCGCCUCAUCGCCGCUCGCGACCGGAUGUUGGCAAAUUAUGAUAUUAUGACCUGUCGUCGCAUUAUGCUGAAAAAAGAGGCCGAACAGGCUUUGCGCUCGCUUCGCCGUUGGAUGCCGCAUGGACACCCGAUUAUUACCGACAUGGCCGAGCAGUUCAUCGUUCAGGACGAGCGCCACGCGAAGCUGCCAAAGCUUGAGAUCGGCUACAACUCGCGAAAUCUGGCUAAGCUCAGCGAGCAGCUCAGCUACGUCUACCAGCAUAAUAUGGCUGCCGAAGUGGCGAUGCAUAACUACCGGCUGAUCAUCGCGCGCCGAAACAAGGUGAUGCAACAUGCCCAGAGUCGGUAUGGGAUGCGUGGA